AAGUCCAACGAUUAUUACUCAGUUAGCUCCAUAGCAGCAAGGUGCAUUAAAAUUCAAUCUCCAAAUAUGGCUAGAAUUAUCAAUUUGUUACUUGUUGUUGCCAUUUUGUCCGGAGCUACCAACGCCAAACCGAGCGAAACACGAAAUGCCCAGAGUAAACAGGGCGAGCUGGUGUCUCGCAUCACCGAUAUGCUGCAUCAACUGCGUGCAUCUUGCGUCGAACGUAGCGGAUCGGAGGAAGGUUUUCGACAAAUUAUGACCUCUAUACAAUCAAUCAAAAGCUGUGCGAAGCAAUACGUAGAUGUACCGAAGCUCAAAACUGAUCUUAAAACGAUGACUCGUGAAAAUAACAAGGAACUUUUCGAGAACUACUGUCCCCAAUUCAACAAGUCAAAAGUUUGCUUCGAGGACAUCAUUGAAGGAGUAGCAACUUGUGCUGGUCAGGAUGCGGAUGAAACUAGGGCUAUUGCUAACGACAUGCUAAACAAUGCUGUGGAAUUGAUGUGUAAGAACGAUGGGGAAAUCUUUUUCGAGACUCGUAAGCCGGAAUUCCACACCUGCGUGGCUGAGUUCAAACGCAAUGCUCAAGAUUGCAACACUCUCCAUUUUGCUAAAGGCACACCGAUGACACGGCUUGGGGAAGCUGAAUGUCGGGCAAUUGAGGAAACUAAGGAGUGCUUCCGAGAUAAGCUGAGCUCGUGCAAAUCAACUGUGAUGGGAAUUGUUGAUGUGUUUUAUGACCCGAUCAUAAGUGCAAACAACUGUCAGCAGUACAAAGCGAUACAGGAGCCUGUUGGAAAUGAAGUUGAAUAACUUGCCUACUGCAAGUUUUAAAGCUUCUACGUAUCUAUAUUCUGAAUACGUUUGCGUCGUACCAUGAGUUCUUUUAGUGUAAACGAUAAUUUGGCUGAUUAGUAGAUUAUAACAUAUCGUGGUUUGUGGGAUGAUUACUCAAUUUUCGCCUACCUUUGAUUUCAGAAAUUACUGUUCAAAAGGAAAUCAAAAUUGCUAUUCAAAAGUAAUGAUCGUGUGGCAAUAAACAUAUUUGAUUUUUUUUACGGUGGAAA